AUGCUAGGAAUACAGAUUAUAGCUUUCAUAUUUUGUUUCUGUGGGCUGGGGGCUGCUAUUGCUGCUACUGCAUCGAACGAGUGGAAAGUCACUAGUCGAGCAUCAUCUGUUAUCACUGCAACCUGGGUUUUCCAGGGUCUUUGGAUGAACUGUGCUGGCAACGCACUGGGUGCAUUCCACUGCAGACCUCACCUUACUAUCUUCAAAGUAGAAGGUUACAUCCAAGCCUGCAGAGGACUGAUGAUCUCCGCCGUCUGCCUGGGCUUCUUCGGUGCCGUCUUUGGACUGGUCGGGAUGAAGUGUACAAAAAUCGGAGGCUCCGAUCAGACUAAAGCAAAAAUAGCUUGUUUAGCUGGACUGAUUUUCAUACUCUCUGGGCUGUGCUCUAUGACUAGUUGUUCCCUGUAUGCAAACAGGAUUACGUCUGAGUUCUUUGAUCCUUCUUUUGUUGCACAAAAGUAUGAAUUAGGAGCAGCUUUGUUCAUUGGAUGGGCUGGAGCUUCACUCUGCAUAAUUGGUGGCAGUAUAUUCUGCUUCUCAAUAGCUGAAAACAGUAAUUCUCCAAGGAGGGGCUACGCAUAUAAUGGAGCCACAUCUGUGCUGUCCGCUCGUACGAAGGUCCACAACAGCGUCCCAGACAAAACCCCACCAAAGCACUUUGACAAGAACGCUUACGUCUAA